GGUUUCGAGGGGAAGGAUGAGGAUGAUGACAAGUAACACAUAAUUGUUGAAAAUUGGAUAGGAGCUUCUUUCAUUGACUUGCCCUCACUCCUGCUCUACAACUCUAACAAUCGUAGCACCCCCAAUCGGAGAAACUAAACCAUACCAUUCGAUUAACCUGCAUAUAUUCUCAUCCAUUCAUUCAUUCUAUAAGGAAUUGCUCAUCAAACGCAUAGAAGAUGGCCACAAAUCUCAGGAGAUUUAAGGGCUUUGGUUCUAUAUUCAUCAACCAUACUAAUCAUCUCAGAGGACUCUCGUCGUCUUCCGCCGUUUUGGGUUCAGUCGACGCUCAGCUUCAGGCACCGGGUAGUGGAACGGGAAAAUCAAUAAACCUUUACACUGCAAUCAAUCAAGCCCUUCAGAUAGCUUUAGAUUCUGAUCCUCGUUCUUAUAUAUUUGGGGAAGAUGUUGGUUUUGGCGGUGUGUUCCGUUGCACAACGGGAUUGGCUGAGCAAUUCGGUAAACACAGGGUUUUCAACACCCCUCUAUGCGAACAGGGGAUUGUAGGAUUUGGUAUUGGUCUUGCAGCAAUGGGGAAUCGAGCUAUUGCUGAAAUUCAAUUUGCAGAUUACAUUUUUCCUGCUUUUGAUCAGAUCGUCAAUGAAGCUGCUAAAUUCAGAUAUCGAAGUGGUAACGAAUUCAACUGUGGAGGUUUAACGAUAAGAGCACCUUAUGGAGCUGUGGGUCAUGGGGGGCAUUAUCAUUCACAAUCUCCUGAAGCUUUUUUUUGCCAUGUUCCUGGUAUCAAGGUAGUUAUACCUCGAAGUCCAAAACAAGCAAAAGGAUUGUUGUUGUCCAGUAUACGCGAACCAAAUCCUGUAGUGUUUUUCGAACCAAAGUGGCUAUACCGCUUGGCUGUAGAAGAGGUCCCAGAAGGGGAUUACACAUUGCCUCUAUCCGAGGCAGAGGUUAUUCGAGAAGGUAGUGACAUAACCCUUGUUGGCUGGGGAGCUCAGCUUUCCAUCAUGGAACAAGCUUGUGUUGAUGCUGAAAAGGAUGGAAUCUCUUGUGAACUUAUAGAUCUAAAAACCCUAAUACCUUGGGACAAAGAGACAGUAGAAGCCUCGGUGAGGAAAACAGGAAGGCUGCUGAUUAGUCAUGAAGCUCCAGUGACGGGUGGAUUUGGUGCUGAGAUCUCUGCGUCAAUUGUUGAACGAUGUUUCUUGAGGUUGGAAGCUCCUGUAGCAAGAGUUUGUGGUUUGGACACUCCAUUCCCACUUGUUUUUGAACCCUUCUACAUGCCCACAAAGAACAAGAUACUUGAUGCAAUCAAGGACACAGUGAAUUAUUAGGACUUGCUUCUUCCAUUUGAUAUAGCAGCAGCAGCAGCAGCAGCAGCAGCAGCAGCAAAUAAUAUUCAACUAAUCUCCUAUCAAUCAACUUCUUGUGUGAUAUCAUUUUAUUUGCAAUAACAGAAAAUAUUUACCA